AUGACAGAAGUCGUUGGCCAAUCUACGACUGGCAUACCAGAUUCUGGAAUGUUAGAUGUAGAAUUGGUUGACCCCAGUGUAGUUCUGAAUUACGUGUGUAAUGUCGCCAAAGUACUACUGGCAGCAUCUGAUGAUGAUUUGAACCGGUCAUUCACCGACAAGCAGAGAAGUAACUCAUUUCCAAAGAAAGUUUGUGAAGAGUUUAUUGCAGAACCUGAGGCAACUGCUAUAUUUCUAGUCAAGAAGAGUAUAGGUUCAAGUGAGGAAACCCAACCGGAAAUCGACCCAGAGCAGAUUAACCUGUCGUUCUUCUAUGAGAUUGAUGCUAAGUUACAGCAAUCCCCUGAUACCCAAGCAGUCGUAGCAAUAAUUAAGAAGAAUGGCAAGCUAAGAUCAGGUAUAAUUCUUGAUGGACUUCAAUUACAAGCAAUUGUUUUACCGAUUGGUGCUGCGAAGAGUAGUGUUCAACAGACUGUACCAGGUGAUGAUCAAGAUGGUUCAAUCCAAUCUUCCCCAUUUGAGGUGAUUCAUUCUAUUUUGCAUUUCGCCGUGGGACCUUACUUUGAUGCUUUUUGUAAGACAAUUCAAUCGCCUUCGCACUCGGUCUCAGCCACUAUCGACAUGACCGAUGAAAGAUCUGCCACCUCCGUUGCAAGGAAGAAACUUACUGAAUUGGAAUUGUCUAUAGCACACUUGCAACAAAAUAACGAGGUUAAUGAGGUUGUCUUACCACUUCAUCCUGUAAUUGAACACAUGCUACAGACAGCCGCCCAGGAAUCAAGGGACCCCUCUAUAGAUUUAAUCUCAUCUGAGUAUCUGGAGAACAAUCAAUUUUUAACGUCACUACAGGAUAUUGCCAAGGGGUGGAUCAAGCCGAUACAAGUACUGAUCGAUGCAACAAGAGAUCCAAAGACUGGAACAGCUAUGCAAGAGGUAAAUUUUUGGCUCUCAAAAGAGAUUGCACUUCGCAACCUUGCACUUUUUAUGAAGAGUCCAGGAGUCACCAUUACCUUGGAUAUUCUUUAUAACAACAACAGAGCAGGUGUAGCAAAUAGAUUUCGUGUAGACACGCCAAUUGAGAGGACCCUAGAAUCUGUUUCAAAAUACUGCCAAUUGAUGAAGGACUUUCCUCUCGAUGAACUUGUGUCAGCUUUAACGCUUGGAGAUAUGAAGCUUGCAGUCAUUCAAAUAUUUACCCAUCUCAACAAGAAGUUUAGAGGAAGUCUUUAUCCAGUUUCAAGGGCGCUGGCGCUAAUUGAAAACAUAUCCAAUGAUCUGAAGCUAGCUCUGCAGUCCUUGCUGCGAGAACGAAAACUGAUGUACCUGGAUUUUAGUGCUUUUAAAGAACAGCAUGUGGAAGUGACAACUAUUUUCAACACUUGGGACGAACAUUAUAAAGAGUUUGUCAAUGUUGCUCGCGAUGUGAUACGAAAAAAAGGGGAUGCUUUCAUACCAAUUAGAAUUACUGCUCACCACGCUGUGAUAAAAGAAAGGCUCGAUUACAUCCUAGAUUUUCGGGCAAAGCAUGAUCAGAUGUAUCAAACUCUUAUCAAGGUAUUUGGGAAACAAUUGAAACGAUCCGUAAAUGGUGACUUCACCGAAGCAAAUGUGGAAUUCGUAGAUCUUAAUCCAGUUGAAGAAAUGUCUCUUGCAUACGAUAUAGUUAAGCAAGUGGAUAUUUUGGAUAUAUCUAGCAGUAAGUAUGAACUUGCGGUGAUCGGAGUUUUGGGAUAA